UGUAAUGAUCCUCCACACCAGCAGGUGUCAGUACAAGGACAAUAUUCAACACGUCUAAUAAAAGACCUGCAGCCCGAGUACUGGAUCAUCUCUCUAUGUAUUUUGUCUCGAGAGUUAAAUGCAAAAGCUCCAGCAGGUUUCCGCUGAAGGUACAGUACGGCAACGAGACGGUAAAAUGUCCGACGCCCUCGUCGUCACCUUCCAGUCUCAGCUGUCCGUCGUCAUGGAGACGAUUCUCAAGUCAGCUAUGAUUGAGAUCACCAGACUGGUGGAGGACAGCUUCAUGGAGGAAGUGGCUCGUGGCAAGCAGGAGGUGGAACUGCUUCUGCACAGGCUGCAGUUUUCUGAGAGCAAACUGAAGGAGAGAGAGAAGAGGGUACGAUGUACAGACUGUGGGAGAGCAACAGGCAGUGGAGAGAGGAUCGCAGAGAAACCAGCAGAGACACUUGCAGGUGAAGAUGCUCUGUGCUUCAGGCUUAGCCUGAGGGAGCAGUCUGAGAAAAGGCCUCAGUUUAGUGAAGUCUGGAGGUCUACAGAGAGUCUGAGCUCAUACAGAACCCCGGAAACACACAGUGACAAAGAGAAGAACAUAAAUGCGCUUGAGAAAAGGGGGAAGCAGGAGUCCACGUCUAAUACGGAAAUGCAACAUUCUGAGUGCGUCAACACACCAAUUGUGAGGACCCAAGAGAUCUGUAGCAACCCCCAACCCAGAGAAAGUCAUUGCAAGACACCUGUUAUGGACUUCACUCCCACUAAAGACAUAGACUUGGCCCAGUCUCAAACCGCACAGUGUGCUACAGAGGAAAACAGGGUGGGUGAGUUGGCACAGUCUCCAUCCUACGCCACUGUGAAAUCUGAGCACCGUCCCGAUCCGGUUGCUAUUAAAGAAGAGGAGGAGAUGCUCCCAGUGUGGGAUUGCGGAGAUGACUGCACUCCUGCAGAAACAGACCAGAAUCUCGCCGGAUCCUGGAAUCCAGAUGAAACACAGGUAGAUAACUUUCCAAAUCUAACUGCUCUCAACAUGCCAGAUCCACCAUCACAUUUAAUGUCCUAUUCACUGAAUUGUAACACAGAGGUAUCGCAAGGCAUCAAGGCUGAGCCUAGUGAGUCAGUCACCACAGAGCUGGUUCACCUUGCUUUGGCUCCCAUGCCUGAGGGACCCGGUUCAUUUGACCGGAAUGAAAAUGGACACUUGUUUGGUCCAGAAAACCUUUUGAGUCAUCCAGAGCUUUGUUUAGGUGAGAAACUUUUCCUCCCCUUUCCUCAGAGCGAACAUUCCCUUCCAAUUCCCACUGAAAAAUUACACCCUGGAAAAUCCUUUGCUCAAAUGACUCAGCUGAAGGUUCACAUGCUCAUGCCCCAACCAAACAAACCCCAGAAGUGUCCCCAGUGCACCAAAACAUUCGCUCAUGAUUUUGAGCUGAGGGACCACCAAAAGCAGCACUCCAAAGAAAGGCCUCACAUUUGUCCUGACUGUGGCAAAGGUUUCACCCGCUUCAGCAAUUUCAAGCAGCAUCAGAACAUCCACACGCGCGAGAAACUCUUCAACUGCACCCACUGUGGCAUGAGGUUUAAAAGAUCCACUCACUUGAGAAUCCAUCUCAGGAGACACAGCCGAGUGGGGAAGAGUUGUCCUUGCCGUCAGUGCGGGAAGACGUUUGUGUGCCUCAAGCAGCUGAAGGGCCAUCUGCUGAAAGUGCAUGGAACGGAAAUGAACUGACUCUCACCUUCCAGGCCACUCAUCUCGGCAUGCAUGACCCGAGCGACCCCUUUCUGCCCGAGCUGAACCGUGCAUGUCUCAAAAUGAGCCAAUACAGAAAAAACAGAGUGAAUGAAGAAUUCUGAUGUAAAUCAAAAAAAGGUUGAUGCUUUAAAAAUCAGAAAUAAAAUAGUUUCACAAUUAGAAAUUAAAAGCACUUAUUUUAAACAAAUGAAAAGCCUGACUUUAUAUGUUUUAUGAACCCUUUUAAUAUAAGAAUGCUGCUUGUGUGUCUGUGUUCCGUAAACUUUUUGCUACCAGGGAAGAAAAAUCCCUCAGCACAGAUUUUUUAAAGUUUUAAAUAAUAAAUUUAUUCAUCUUUAGUAAUCUUCAGAUUCAAAAGCAUGUCUCAAACACAGCCUGAGGCAGGGAUACAUCCUGGAUAGGGAUGGUCCUAACACACCAUGCACACACACACAUUCACACCUAGUGGCAAUUCUGUGUUGCCAAGCCUCUUACUGGCAUGUUUUUGGGAGGUGAGAAGAAACUGGAGGAAACCCAAACGAAUAUGAGGAGAACAUGUUCUCCUCCACACAGACACAGACAGUAAGCCGAGUUUCAUCACCCUAUGGCUCUGGAGCUAUAACAUGGCAACCGAGUGUGUGUGUGUGUGUGUGUGUGUG